AUGCAGGGCCGCGACAAACUCUGUGCAAAGUUGACGAGUGCCUUCCUUCGGAAGUGGUGGUUCGUCCUCGCGUCGGCUGUGGUUCUGCUGCUGCUGGGAAUCAUAUGCGCCAUAUUCUUCGGCACCUGGGUCCGCCUGUUUAUAGACCACGAGCUGGUACUCCGGCCGGGCUCCAUGACGUUCGACUGGUGGGCGCAUCCGCCCGUGAGGCCCUUCGUGCGGGUCUACGUGUACAACGUGACGAAUGCGGACGAGUUUCUCAACAACGGCUCCAAGCCGAUCCUCGACGAGUUGGGACCCUACGUUUAUUCUGAGGAGUGGGAGAAGUUGAACAUAACGGACAACGAGAAUGGAACCCUGACCUUCUACUACCACCGCACCUACACCUUCAUGCCAGAGCUGAGCGCGGGUCCCGACGACGACUCGGUCGUGGUGCCCAACAUUCCUAUGCUGAGUGCAACGUCCCAGUCCAAACACGCGGCCCGUUUCCUCCGACUAGCCAUGGCGUCCAUCAUGGACAUCCUGAAGAUCAAGCCGUUCGUGGAAGUAUCCGUGGGUCAGCUGCUAUGGGGUUACGAAGACCCUCUGCUGAAGCUGGCCAAGGACGUCGUACCCAAGGAACAGAAGUUGCCCUACGAGGAGUUUGGCUUGUUCUAUGGGAAAAACGGCACGGGCCCCGACCCGGUGACGAUGUUCACGGGCGCGACGGACAUCACGAAGUACGGCAUCAUCGAGCGGUACAACUACCGCGACAAGCUGCAGCACUGGGUGACGGACGAGUGCAACAGCAUCGCCGGCUCCGACGGCUCCAUCUUCCCGCCCCACAUCACCAGGAACGACACGCUCAAGGUCUACGACAAGGACCUCUGUCGGCUGCUGCCGCUCAGGUACUUAAAAGACGUAGAGUCUUCGGCCGGUGUGCAAGGUUUCCGCUUCACUCCGCCAGAUGACGUCUUCGCCAACAACGAGUACAACAAGUGCUUCUGCCCCAAUGGCCCACCUUGUGCCCCGAACGGACUCUUCAAUGUCUCUCUUUGUCAAUAUGAUUCACCGAUUAUGCUGUCGUUCCCCCACUUUUACUUGGCUGACGAAAGCUUCCGAGAGGCCGUGGAAGGUAUUUCACCCCCUGAGCCAGAAAAACACAGGCUCUACAUCGACGUGCAACCGGAGAUGGGCACAGCGAUGCAGGCCAGAGCGCGAGUGCAGAUCAACCUCGCCGUGUCUCAGGUCGUGGACAUCAAGCAGGUGGCCAAUUUCCCCGACAUCGUCUUUCCCAUAUUGUGGUUCGAGGAGGGCAUCGACGAGCUGCCCGAUCAAGUGUCGUCUCUGCUGCGGCUGGCAACGCGGGUGCCGCCGAUCGCCCGUCUCGCUCUCUCCUGGGGUCUUUCUGCAUUGGGCGUCCUGCUCAUAUUGCUCGCCGUCACCUGCCUCAUACGAUCCUCUCACCGGCAGAGCACACUGAGACUGGAGGGCCACGCGGUCGCGAAGCCACCUCCCGCCAAAACUCCCAGCAAAGAGAACCAAAACGGAUACGAGCUCAACAACCGGAGAUAA